AUGCCUUCCAACAUACCGCGACACGUGUUUGGCGAGCUUGAUUUCAAGCACCUUCAUUUUCGCAGGCAAAUGCAGCCUUGCAGUUUGAAAGGUUUGAUGGCGUUGAGCAUUUCAGAGGCCGGACUGCCAGGGCUGCCGAAAAAUCGUUGGUUUGUGCUGUCCUUCCGGGCGCUGGCGUGGAUGGCGUUCUACUUUCUGCCGUUGCAUUGCGUUUCGUUCAGUAACUUGCGGGGCUAUUGUGUCUAUGGCAAUGCACCUGGCAAUUCGAGUUUGGUUUGCUGGAGGACAGCAUUGGGCCCUGGCGAAACCUUUGAAAUGGCGGAACAAACAGGUUUUAGUCGUGGGCGCGUUUUUGUGGCCACGGUUCUUUUGCCUUCCCUUUAUUUCUUGCUGUAUGUGGCCUUUGUGAGUGUGUAUGUGGGUGAAGAGCACGAACACCUUGGCUUCAUUUUUAUCUACGGCGUGGGGCAUUUGGUCAUCAUCUUCGUGGCAGAAAACCUUGGGCCCCCGAAUUACCCACCGCCCCUGAACCCUCGAUACUCCCAAAAGAUGGGGCCUGCAACUUUGGGUGUGGCGGUGAUGGGUUUCUUUGCAGUGACCACCGCCUACAGCGUAGCAAAGCGCUUUGUUGGUCCUUGGCUAGGCACGUUGAUGCCGGCGAUGCUGGGUGCCUAUGAAAUUGGAUGCCUCCUGAUCCUCGAACGAACCUUUGUGCGAGAAUUCGUUCAGGAGAAAUCUGUCAGAAGAGCCUAUCAUCACUCCAACCAGGGCAUUGUGGUCUCUGCUCAGAUCUGCAUGGUUCAUGGUAUGGCAGAAGGUGCUCGAUUGAUGCUGAUUUUGGCUGACAUAUCUCAAUCAACUUCAGACUCUGACUCAACCUUCCUGGUGCCAAUUGUGAGUGGCGUGGUUUGGAAUGUGAUCGUCCGCUGUGGCGCCGUUGAUCGUUUGUUGGCCAUCAUCACCCGUGGAAGGCUGGGAAUCCCCCCAUUGUCCAAUGUUUCUGAUUUAAGUCGUGCUUUCUCCGCAGGCGGACCCCGACAUGGUGUAGUCUCCUGCUGCAGCAGGCCAAGUUGCAUGGGUUAUCUCAGGCGCCGAGGGCGGAGCAGCGGGUGA